CAUUCAUUUUAAAGAGAGCCACAGCUGCCCGAUAGAGCCCUUGUUGAUUAGUUGAUUCAGAGUCUCUGAGAAGAGAAGCGAAAAUGAGUCGCGGAGCAGCAGCAGCAGGAGCCAAGGGAAAGAAGAAGGGAGCGACGUUCGUGAUAGACUGCGCGAAGCCUGUGGAGGAUAAAAUCAUGGACAUCGCCUCUCUCGAAAAGUUCCUCCAGGAACGGAUCAAGGUCGGUGGCAAGGCUGGUGCUCUUGGUGACUCCGUGACCGUUACUCGUGAGAAGACGAAGAUCACUGUCACAUCCGACAGCAACUUCUCUAAAAGGUAUUUGAAGUACUUGACUAAGAAGUACUUGAAGAAACACAAUGUGCGAGAUUGGCUUCGGGUGAUUGCAUCAAACAAAGACCGAAGUGUCUAUGAGCUGCGGUACUUCAAUAUUGCUGAGAAUGAGGGAGAGGAGGAAGACUAAAGAUCCAUUUCAGUAUUUUCUCUCAAUAUCUAUCUGGAUUACCCAGUUUCUUUUUUCUUUUUCCGCAAUCAAACCUGUGGACUUGUUUGGAUUGUUUGUUGAUCUUGUUAGUUUAUUAUUUGUUGAAAUUUUGGUUAAAUAUUCUGUUUCAUGUAUCAUGCAUUAAUACAAUGCCAAUUAGUUGCUA